GGCCCCGCCUCCCUGUGCAGCGCCGAUCGCGGGGCACGUUCUGGGGUCGGGCUGGCGCGUUCCUGCGGCUCGUGUAGCUGCCGCCGUGGGGCGCCCUGGGAUAGCGGCAGGCUCGCCGGAUCUUGACCCGUUUCCAAGCACUCCUGAUGCCUCAUUUACCUCUGGCUUCUUUUCGACCACCACUUUGGGGGCUGAGGCCCUCACGGGGCCUCCCCAGGUCCCAUCCCCUUUCUACCCAGUCAGAGCCCCAUGGAUCUCACAUCACCCGGAGAAACCGUGAAGCCAAACAGAAGCGCCUGCGAGAGAAGCAGGCGGCACUGGAGGCCGGGAUAGCCCGGAAGAGCAAGUCACCUGCAGAAUCCAGUAAGGCCUGGACUCCUAAGGAGAUAGUUUUAUAUGAAAUCCCCACGGAACCCGGUGAAAAGAAAGACGUCUCACAGCCCCUGCCUCCUGCCUACAGCCCCCGAUACGUUGAGGCUGCCUGGUACCCAUGGUGGGUGCGAGAAGGCUUCUUCAAACCGGAAUAUCAGACCCAGCUGCCCCACGCCACAGGGGAGACCUUUUCCAUGUGUAUCCCACCUCCCAACGUCACUGGCUCCCUACACAUCGGUCAUGCACUAACAGUGGCCAUACAGGAUGCCCUCGUGCGCUGGCACCGGAUGCGUGGGGAUCAGGUGCUGUGGGUCCCUGGUUCAGAUCAUGCAGGAAUUGCUACCCAAGCUGUGGUGGAGAAACAACUGUGGAAGGAGCGACGAGUGAGGAGACAUGAGCUGAGCCGGGAGGAAUUCCUUAGGGAGGUGUGGAAGUGGAAGGACGAGAAAGGUGGAGAGAUCUGUGAGCAGCUCCGAGCUCUAGGGGCCUCCCUGGACUGGGACCGAGAGUGUUUUACUAUGGAUCCUGGCUCCUCAGCGGCUGUGACCGAAGCUUUCGUGCGACUCCACAAGGCGGGGUUGUUGUACCGGAACCGGCAGCUUGUCAACUGGUCAUGCGCUUUAAGAUCAGCCAUCUCGGAUAUUGAGGUGGAGAGCCGGCCCCUGCCUGGCCGCACGGAGCUUCGACUGCCCGGCUGCCCCACCCCCGUGUCCUUUGGCCUCCUUGUUUCUGUGGCCUUCCCCGUGGAUGGAGAGCCUGAUGCAGAGGUCGUGGUGGGGACCACAAGGCCAGAGACGUUGCCUGGAGACGUGGCUGUGGCCGUUCAUCCUGACGACUCCCGAUACACACAUCUACACGGGCGACAACUUCGUCACCCCUUGACGGGGCAGCUUCUCCCCCUCAUCACAGACUCUGCUGUUCAGCCACAUGUGGGCACAGGGGCAGUGAAAGUGACUCCAGCUCACAGCCCUGCUGAUGCUGAGCUGGGGGCCCGACACGGCUUGAGCCCCCUGAGUGUCAUUGCGGAGGAUGGGACCAUGACCUCCCUCUGUGGGGACUGGCUGCAGGGUCUUCACCGAUUUGUGGCCCGGGGCAAGAUUAUGUCUGCACUGAGGGAGCGGGGUCUGUUCCGGGGCCUCCAGGACCACCCUGUGGUGCUGCCCAUUUGCAGUCGUUCCGGGGAUGUGGUAGAGUACCUGCUAAAGAGCCAGUGGUUUGUCCGCUGCCGGGAGAUGGGGGACCGAGCUGCCCAGGCUGUGGAGUCCGGGGCCCUGGAGCUCAGUCCGUCCUUCCACCAGAAGAACUGGCAGCACUGGUUUUCCCACAUUGGGGACUGGUGUGUCUCCCGGCAGCUGUGGUGGGGCCAUCGGAUUCCAGCCUACCUAGUCGUAGAAGAGCAUGCAGAGGACGGCAGGAAGGACUGUUGGGUGGUUGGGCGGACAGAGGCCGAGGCCAGAGAGGUAGCUGCAGAACUGACAGGGAGACCAGGGACCGAGCUGACCCUGGCGAGGGACCCUGAUGUCCUGGAUACAUGGUUCUCUUCAGCCCUUUUCCCCUUUUCUGCCCUGGGCUGGCCCCAAGAGACCCAAGACCUUGCUCGUUUCUACCCCCUAUCACUUUUGGAAACGGGCAGUGACCUCCUGCUGUUCUGGGUGGGCCGCAUGGUCAUGUUGGGGACGCAGCUCACAGGGCAGCUCCCCUUCAGCAAGGUGCUUCUUCACUCCAUGGUUCGGGACAGACAGGGCCGGAAGAUGAGCAAGUCCCUGGGGAAUGUGCUGGACCCACGGGACAUCAUCAGUGGUGUGGAGCUGCAGGUGCUGCAGGAAAAGCUGGAGGAUGGGAACUUGGAUCCUGCGGAGCUGGCGAUCGCGGCUGCCGCACAGAGGAAGGACUUCCCUCAUGGGAUCCCUGAGUGUGGGACAGAUGCCCUGAGAUUCACCCUGUGCUCCCAUGGGGCCCUGGGGGGCGACUUACAUCUGUCUGUCUCUGAGGUCCUGAGCUCCCGACAUUUCUGCAACAAGAUCUGGAAUGCCCUGCGCUUUAUCCUCAAUGCUCUAGGGGAGAAAUUUGUACCCCAGCCUGCAGAGGAGCUGUCCCCCUCCUCCCCUGUGGACGCCUGGAUCCUGAGCUGCCUUGCCCGCACUGCCCGGGAGUGUGAGCGAGGCUUUCUGACCCAAGAGCUCUCGCUUGUCACUCACGCCCUGCACCACUUCUGGCUCCACAACCUCUGUGAUGUCUACUUGGAGGCUGUGAAGCCAGUGCUGUUGCACUCGCCUCGCCCGCCAGGGCCUCCUCAGGUCCUGUUCUCCUGCGCGGAUGUCGGUCUCCGCCUCCUCGCCCCGCUGAUGCCCUUCCUGGCCGAAGAGCUCUGGCAGAGGCUGCCCCCCAGGCCUGGCACGCCCCCUGCCCCCAGCAUCUCUGUUGCCCCCUACCCCAGUGCCCGCAGCCUGGAACACUGGCACCAGCCCCAGCUGGAACAGCACUUUUCCUGGGUCCAGGAGGCCGUGCAGGCGCUGAGGGCUCUCCGAGCCACGUACCAGCUCACUAAGGCCCGGCCUCGAGUGCUGCUGCAGAGCUCAGAGCCUGGAGAGCAGGGCCUCUUCGAGGCCUUCCUGGAGCCCCUGGGCACCCUGGGCUACUGUGGGGCCGUGGGCCUCUUACCCCCAGGCGCAGCAGCUCCCUCCGGCUGGGCCCAGGCCCCACUCAGUGACACCAUUCAGGUCUACAUGGAGCUGCAGGGCCUCGUGGACCCCCAGACCCAUCUACCUCUGCUAGCUGCCCGAAGACACAAGUUGCAGAAGCAGCUUGAUGGCCUCAGAGCCCGGACCCCAUCAGAGGGAGAGGCAGAGACUCAGAGGCAGCAGAGGCUUUCUUCCCUCCAGUUGGAAUUGUCGAAGCUGGACAAGGCAGCCUCUCACCUCCGGCAGCUGAUGGAUGCGUCUCCCAGCCCCAGGGAGCCCUGAGCUCUAACUUAACAUCCCUGGCGCUUUCCUUCCCUCCCAGACCCACCCUUGAGGACAAACAGAUCUGGCAGCUGUCAGGGCGUGAUGGGGCCUGAGAGACCGUGUGGUCCACCUCUCUCAUUCUGUAAAUGAGGACACAGACUAGCUCGGUCAGCCUGCCUGUGGGUGGCCUCGAGAUGCUCACGUUCCUGCCCCAGUCUCCCUCCUAUUCAGUCCCACCUGGAAGUUUGGGAAUGAGGAAAUUCAGACAAACUUAUAAAAUCCUGAACACGU